CAUGGACUCUAGGCAUAAGUGUGCGGCUUGCUUCAGACAAUUCAACAAAAUGGAGCAUUUAGUGGAACACAUGAGAGUCUCAUAUCACUCGGUUCAUGAGCCCAUGUGUGGAAUCUGUAAGAAACACUGCAGAUCCUUUGAAUCACUGAGAGAGCAUCUUAUAGGACCAUUGCCUAAACUAGAAUGCAAAAACAUUUUCAAUAUCAGAGGAUGCAGAUUCUGCUUAACCAUUCUUGAUACCUCUAAUGCACGCAUGAUUCAUCAAGAUCGAUGUCGGCAAUCAAAUGUUCAUGCUGGCAUACUUGCUCGCAUGGCUAAUUUAGGUCUGCGUGACAGCUUGAGCAUUGAGAAUGGUUAUAGUACUAGAGGUUCAGAAGUGGUUGGUCUUGCUUGUAAAAUGGUCGGAGGAGGCAGUGAUGGGUCUCUUGAUGUUUGUGGAAGGGUUUGUCUAAUUGAUGACAAUGAAAAUAUUAUCUUCCACACUUAUGUCAAACCACCAAUUCCUGUUACCAACUAUAGGUACGAGAGUACCGGAAUUCGGGCAGAAUAUCUAAGAGAUGCAAUGCCGCUAAGGAUGGUUCAAUCUAAGAUUCAAACAUUCCUUUGUAAUGGAGAGCCUAUGUGGAAAAUUCGACCCAGAGGAGGAAAAGCAAGAAUUGUUGUGGGUCAUGAUCUUGACCGUCUUCAGCUAGAAUAUCCACCUCUCAUGAUCAGGGACACAGCAAAAUAUCCUCCUUUGAUGAAAACAAGCAAGCUCAGCAACUCACUAAAGUAUCUAACACAGGCCUAUCUUGGUUAUGAGAUUCAAAAUGGAAUACAAGAUCCUUAUGAGGAUUGUGUAGCAGCAAUGAGGCUCUACAUGAGAAUGAGAUCCCAAAGACAUAAAGCAGAAGAAUAUCCACUUGCUUCUGACCCACAAAACCGCAGCAAUUUUGCUUCAUGGAGACAAAAUGAGGUUGAGAAAAUGAAUCCAGAUGACAUGCUUGCUUUAUCAAGGUCUGAUUACUACUGUUGGUGCAUGGACUCUUGAAGAUUGAUUUAAUUAGUAUCUAAUAAUAAGAAAAUAAAUUAAAUAAAUUGAAAUUAUUUACUAUAAUAAUUGAUGUAAUGCACUAUUCGAAUUGAAUAUGUAGUAUGCUACGUGGAAAAAUA